UACAAAACCCUUCAGCGAGAUGCAGCUGAAUUAAAGAGGAAGAACUGCGAUAUAUCAUGUGACACUUACCUCAUAAAUAUCAACCAGGAAAACAGUCAGGGUGCGUUCGACAUAGAAGCAGCGAUGAGUCCGACUGAUCAAGGAAUGAUGUUGGGGAGCCUGCUGCUCGUCUCCCUGUGUGUCGGCGCAGCAGCCACGUUUGACAGCAGGCUGGACCUCCACUGGGAGCUGUGGAAGAAGACACACGAGAAGAAGUACCAAAAUGAGUUGGAGGAUGUGCACCGCAGGGAAUUAUGGGAGAAGAACCUGAUGCUCAUUACAACACACAACCUGGAGGCCUCGAUGGGGCUUCACACCUACGAACUAAGCAUGAACCACAUGGGAGACAUGACACCAGAGGAGAUCCUGCAAUCUUUUGCCACACUCACUCCUCCCACUGACAUCCAGAGGGCACCAUCUGCCUUUGCUGGGACAUCAGGCGCUGAUGUACCAGACACCAUGGACUGGAGAGAGAAGGGCUGCGUUACCAGCGUCAAGAUGCAGGGUGCUUGUGGAUCCUGCUGGGCCUUCAGUGCCGCAGGGGCCUUGGAGGGCCAGUUAGCCAAGACAACAGGGAAGCUGGUGGACCUCAGCCCCCAAAACCUGGUGGACUGUUCAAGCAAAUAUGGCAACAAGGGCUGCAAUGGCGGCUUCAUGCACCAAGCCUUCCAGUACGUCAUUGACAACAUGGGCAUUGACUCUGACGCUGCAUACCCCUAUGUAGGAGUGUCACAACAGUGCCACUACAACCCCGUGUACCGUGCUGCCAACUGCUCCAAGUACAGCUUCCUGCCUGAGGGAGACGAGGAGGAACUGAAGCAGGCACUCUCCACCAUUGGACCCAUAUCAGUGGCGAUUGAUGCCACGCGGCCCAGAUUUACUUUCUACAGGAGUGGUGUGUACGAUGACCCUAGCUGCACCCAGAAAGUGAACCAUGGGGUGUUAGCUGUGGGCUAUGGCACACUGAACGGACAAGACUACUGGCUGGUAAAGAACAGCUGGGGAAGUACCUUUGGAGACGGCGGCUACAUCCGGAUGGCACGCAACAAGAACAACCAGUGUGGCAUCGCUCUGUACGGCUGCUACCCCAUCAUGUAGCUACUGAGGGAACUGAAUUGAAUCUGUUGCAAUAAUAAGUGCCUUCUCUGUUUUAUGUAUACAGUAUCAUUACAGUUUAAAUUCACAUUGAUGACAACAUUUUUCUAUCUGUUUUGUUUUUGAAAUUCCUUUUGUACCUUUUAUGAUGAUAGCCAAAAGUCUAAAUACUAGACUUUAAAAAUUUUUGACCGGGUGCGUGUUUGUGUCUGACUGUAUAUGUGUGUGUGUUUGAAUCUCUAAUAGAGACAUAUGUACUCCUUGCUGACACUCAGUCACAGUAAGACAUGCAAGUCCUGGAUGCAUGUAUCAGUUUGUUGAUCAAUCCAAUGUUCACCUUUCAGUAAAUACUGUAUCGGAUUCUGUGCCGUACAUGCGAUGAGGGUGAAGAUCUGAUUUUACACCACCACUUUCAGGUUCGUCAGUCUGUUAAAUCUGCCAUGAAAACCGCCUGAAAGGAUUCAAUUGACUCUUUGGGAAAUUGGCUUGUUGGUCAAUUUGGCUUUUACAUGUUACGACAGAAGGAACGCCAAAAUCAAUACCUGUGUCUCUGGUAAAUAUCUCUGUCCUGUGCACAUGCUGAUGUGGUAGCACGUCCUACACUAACUGCCUACAGGCAAGUAACAAUGUCUACAGUAAGAAGAAACACCUUUUAGUUUGUUUGUAUUUUUUCCUCACCCUCUCAUCAACAAUUGAGCUUCCUUUCCAAAAUAGAGUCAAUCGAGUCCUUUAGGGGAAUAGUUCAACAUUUAGGGAAAUAUGCCUAGAUAGAUAGCACUUUCAUAUAUCUGUCUGUUAAAUAUUUAGCUCCAGCAAGCAGCUAGUUUGCUAAGCUCAGCAUUAAGACUGGAAGCAGGGGGCGAGGUCCGAUCAAAAUGUAAAUGUAAAAAGUGCAAAGAAAUUCACCUACCAGCACAUCUAAACCUAAUUAACAUGUUGUUUGUUUCUGUAUCUGUGUGAAAACUGCACUGUAAAAUCGACAAGUUGUGGUUUUACAAACACAUUAUGUGACUAUUUCUUGGCAGGCAGAUUUUUAUUUACCUUUACCUUUGGAAAAAGACAGGUUAGCUGUUUUGUCUUCCAGUCUUUAUGGUAAGUUAAGCGUAGUGGCCGAUGGCUGCAACUUCAUAUUUGGCAUACUGACUUUCUUAGCAAACGAAAAUGAGUAAAGUGUAUUUCCCCAAAUGUCAAACUUAAUGGUUUGAGUAUGAAAAUGAUGUGAAUAAAAUGCUGUGGUCAAAUUAUAUAUAAUAAUAAUAAUAGAUUUCAUCUUCAGAUCUAUUUAGUGAUCUCCGUGGCUGUCUCUGACGCUAUGUGUUAUAUUAUGUCUGGCUGUUUUUUUUUCUUUCUAUCUGCUUUACUGAAGUUUCUCUUGAUCUUGAGCUCAGUGAGGUUACCUGAUCAAAUAAAGGUUGUAUAUAUAAAUGAGGGAAUAUCUUAUGUAAAAUGGUGUUCAUCCCUCCAAUAGAAUAAAAAUAAAAAUACAAUAUAUUGAGUUUCUAAUAUGUUAAAGGAUCUUCAACCUGGAAAGAGUAAAACAUUGAAUUAGUUUAAUCUUUUAAGAAUUCGGCGGAAAUGUGUAUAAAACUUUGAACAGGGGAUCUAAAUGUUUGCAUUUAAUGUUUAGAAAAGGAAAAACGUGUCCAGGGUUUUAAUAUGGAUUGUAAAGAAGCAGAUAGUAAAUAUAUUCUGUAUAUUUGUUAUGGAAAAAGUAAAGCUACUUAUGGUCAGCUCUUAGGGAAAUACAAUGAGGGUGAUUUUUUGCUGUUGUGUUAGAUGAAUAUAACCCAGUUUAAUAGUGCAGUUUAAGACUGCAAUGUAUUGGAUAACAGCAUUUUUAGUACGUAUUGGCCUUUAAAACCCCAGAGAGCUUUAACGCUAACACUUCCAACAAGGUCAGAAUAAAGUCAACAGAGAACAGUG